GAUGUCUUAAAUCUUGAAGAAGGCAGCUAAAUACAGAACUGUAUCUACGAUACUUCAACAUGGGGAAGCUCAUUUACGUGAUCCAUAUACACUACCUCCUGAGAUCAUUACUCCACCUCCACGUAAUUAUUGUCAACAUUAAUAAAUUUAGCCAGAAAAGAAAGAAAGCCAGAUGAUAUUACUGAUUUCCCAGAGUAAAAAUUUGUACUUCUACCUGAAUCCAUCCCAUAUCCUGAAGGAAAGUACCGUCCUGCAUCAGUACCUUAUGUUUCUGGUUUCUAUCCUUAUAAUUGUUAUCUAUAGAAGGGAAAGGUAUUUUGAAUUAGCUAAAUUAAGAUUUACCAAUGGUGUUCAUGUGGUAUUUCAUAAUCAAAUCCUUGGUGUGAUGGAAUGUGUAAUGCAUCAGCAACAAGAAAUAGACCAAUUAAAUUCAAUGUCGAUACUUCUGGAUAUUAUAAAUUAUGUAAUUGCAAAUAGAGUGCAAAUGCUCCCUUCUGUAACGGAACACAUAGGUAAAGAGUAGUUAAAUUUCAAGAUAAGUGAUUCGUCAAUAUCAUGCUGGUUUUAGAGGAUUCUAUGAACUUUGGGGAUGGGCUGCCUUUAUGGGAACAACAGGAUUCAUCAUUUGGAAUUUCCAUAAUUGAAA